AUCUGCAGAGAUGCCUGAUCCGUGUCAAGCCCUCAAGAUUUUCACAGAUCUCUUAGCAGUAACCCUCCAAUUCUGGAAGAGUAUGUCACCUCACUGCGAGCUCAAGGCAUUCCCAGCAAAGUUGCUACUCCACUAUAACAACGCCAUCCAUGGAGCGACCUUUCUUGAAGCUGGCAUAGCAAAACUCAAGGACUGUGGACUUCCACCACCUGAUGCUGCGGUGGAAAGAGCCACAAAG